CUGUUCUGUGCUUAAGUGCUAACAGUUUUCUCUGAGUAUUGCUGCUGUGUUUACCUUAGAUCGAUUACGACAUCAUCAUUGGUGUUCAUCCGUGUAGCCGGACAUAAUGACGACAUCAGUCAGCCCGGUGGAUGUCGCAGUCGGACUGCUGGUACCGGUAGCUGCGUACCUGCUGUUUGUAGUGGCCAAGUUUCUGUGGACACAGUGGUGGCAAUUUCGUGUUGGGCAGCAGUUUCCCUCCCCUCCCUACCACUGGCUCUACGGCAACAUGCACCUGACUGGCGGGUAUCUGGGUGAGAGGUACCUGUCCAUGACCCGAGAGGUUGUGAGGAAACACCCCCGUGCACACUCCUUCUGGCUGGCUGGCUUCAUAGUCGGGGUCAAUGUAGCACACCCGGCAACCAUCAAGCAGCUUCUCAAGACUUCCACCAAGAAGUCUGCGGACUAUGAUCAACUACGGCCAUGGUUAGGUAACGGCCUGAUCAUGAGUACCGGUGACGUGUGGAAGGUUCACCGCCGUCUCCUCACGCCUGCCUUUCACUUCGAUAUCCUCAAACAGUACGUCAGUGUCUACAACAGGGCGGCAGAACACAUGAUGGAAAAACUUUCCCUGUACACUGGGAAAGAGGACAGUUUCGAGAUGUUCCACCAGGCGAGCCUCUGUACUAUGGAAGUCAUCCUGCUGUGCGCGUUUUCCGGAGGGGAAAUGUCGGAGCAGAUGAAGAAUGAGUACGUGGAAGCAGUGAAGAGGAUCGGAAUCCUGCAAGUUGAUCGCAACUUCAACCCGAUUUACGUUCUGUUCCCCGCCAUCUACUACCUCUCCCCGGGGGGACGGGAGUUCCUCCGCUUGUGUGACUUUGUUCACGACACAGGGGGCUCUAUCAUCAAGAGGAGGAGGCAAGAACUGGAACGCGAUCCGGAGAUCCUAGCUGAGAAGAAAAGGCUGGAUUUUAUAGACACUUUGCUGAUGGCUCGAGAUGAAGACGGGAGAGGUCUGACAGAUCUGGAGAUCAGGGAGGAGGUGGACACGUUCUUGUUUGCCGGCCACGACACGACUGCCAGUACCCUGUCCUGGGCCCUGUACUCCCUGGCUCAACAUCCGCACCAUCAGGACAAGGUACGGGAAGAAGUGGACCAGCUACUGGCCGGCAGAGAGGAGGACACUAUUCAGUGGGAGGAUCUCCACAAACUGCCGUACCUGACCAUGUGUCUGAAGGAAGCCAUGCGGCUCCACUCUCCCGUUCCUUUCAUCUCCCGCACCGUGACGGAAGACACCGUGAUAGACGGGGUCCACAUCCCCGAGGGUUCGUACAUAGGCAUCCACCUGUACGCGCUGCACCACAACCCGGACAUCUGGGGAGAUCAGCAUAUGGAGUUCGACCCAAGCCGUUUCCACCCUGACCGGAUGAAGGAUAUGGACGCUCAUGCUUUCAUGCCGUUCUCUGUCGGACAGAGGAACUGUAUCGGGCAGAACUUUGCUCUGAACGAAGAAAAGGUGAUUCUGGCUCGUCUCCUCCACAAGUUUACCUUUGACCUUGACCCCGCCCGUCCCGUGGAGAAGGACAUGAUAGUUGUGAUGAAGACCAGGGACGGCAUGUGGAUGAAGGUCAAGUCUACAGGACACACAGCUGACUAGUUGGCAGACAGGGACAUGCCGUCAAGCAAC